AUGGGCAUGAAAGAUAGCUAUGCGUCAAGCUACCCGAAUACGUGUGUCUUCUUCAUCUUCGUCCUCUUUACCGGGCUCACGAUGGCCUCGACCUUCACGAACAUGGGCGCUCCUAUCCAGGAUCUGUAUUCAAUAGAUAUAGGUAACGCAUACGGGUAUAAAGGUGGUAACUCACCUGACCCAUUAUCUACAAGUGUUACAGCGGCUUUCAGUGCUGCAUUCUUUGUUGGAGCAUUCGUUGGAUCCCUUCUGACGUUCCCAAUAGUCGAGAAACUUGGACGAAAACUGUCGACGAUUGUUUUCUGCGUCUCUACAAUUGUCCUUACCGCUUUGAUGACCGUCAAAACUCAUUGGGCAUAUCUGAUAGUCAUUCGUGUCCUCGCUGGCUUUCCAGCAAGCUGCAUACAAACGGUUACGCCCCUCUGGAUCUCAGAGACGUGUCCCCCACACCGCCGUGGUAUCGCCACAGUUGGUAUUCAGCUGUUCCUAACCCUCGGGAUCCUUCUGAGCUACAUCAUGGAGUGGGGUCUCAUUUCCGUCUGUAGGGGCACCAUUAAAAACAAUGGUAGUAAUGGUCCCUACGGGAUUAACAGUAGCUGCUCUUCUAGUCACAACCUGUGGUACUUGGCCUUCGUUCUCACCAUAGUCUAUUUGGUCGGUUUACUGAUCUUCUGCUUCUUCAUCCCAGAGCGGGUGGUCACCAGCACCCAAGCCUCCGAACAGGUUAAGGCUAGCACUCAAUCCCCCGACGCUACGUCUACAGAGCUCCACGCCGCUUCAGUCGAGGUUAAGACCAUAUCGUUGGAGCAGGCACAGAAGCCAUCGAAGGAUGACACCGACUCUGCGUCCUUCAAGGACUGCUUCGCAAGGAAGGAUUACCGCCGGUGCCUUGCCAUUUCUAUCAUCCUUCCGUUCCUCCAGCAGUUCACGGGGAUCAAUGCUGUUAUCCUCUUUGCAGGUUCUUUCUUUACGGCUGUAAAGAUGCCCGACUCUUCUCUUGUCGGCGCUAUCAUUAUUGGGUCCUGGAACUUUGUUUCGACGAUCGUUGCUAUCCCGAUUGUUGAGCGAAUGGGGCGCCGUUUCCUGCUGUUUUUGGGGACCUUUAUUCUCACAGCCAUGCUUAUCAUGCUGAUACCUGUCUAUGUGGUUAAUACUGACAGCAAUAAGGAAAACCCUGCCAUUCUUGCUUGCAUAAUGAUUGGUGUUCUUCUCUACAUAUUUGGGUUUGCUAUCGCCCCCGGACCUUUGGUCUUUACGAUAUGUGGAGAAAUCUUCCCCAAGGCUGCGCGUGUCAAAUUUAAUAGCAUCGCCUUUGCCAUGCACAAGCUUGCCAGCAUCAUAGUUGUCUUUACAUUCCCUUACAUGCAGGACAAACUUUGGCAGGCGUUUGUUCUCUAUCUUGUGAUCACUAUCUUCUUCACAAUUUUGUCGUGGUUCAUUAUCCCUGAGACAAAAGGAAAGACGCUAGAUGAAAUAGAAGAAGUGGUGGUGAACGAGAAGGUGUUUGAAAAGUUCGACAUGUGCGGACGUGUCAGAUAG